AUGCAGAAGCCGAAGAAAAUCAACUGGAAGGAGACGAACGUCGCCGGCAUCGGCAGCGACCUCGACAAGAAGAUCCGCGCCGCCGCGGCGUCGGGGGAGGCGCAGUGGCGCCACGUCGGCGAGAAGGUCGAGGUGCGCGUCUGGCGCAUCGAGCAGUUCCGCGUCGUGCCGUGGCCGGCGCGCCAGUACGGCAGCUUCCACGCGGGCGACAGCUACGUCGUGCUCCGCACGUUCCGGCCGGACCCGAAGAGCGACAGGCUCGCGCACGACGUCCACAUCUGGAUCGGCGACGAGUCGACGGCCGACGAGUACGGCACGGCCGCGUACAAGAUGGUCGAGCUCGACGACCUGCUCGGCGGCGCGGCCAAGCAGCACCGCGAGACGCAGGGCCGGGAGAGCGCGGGCUUCGCGGCGCUCUUCUGCGGCCAGCUCCGCGUGCUCCGGGGCGGCGUCGAGUCGGGCUUCCGCCACGUCGAGGCCUCGGCGGCGGCGCCGCUGCUCUACCGCGUCAAGGGCACGCGCCACGCGCUCGAGCUCAGGCAGGUCGACCUGCGCCGCGACUCGCUGAACAGCGGCGACUGCUUCGUGCUCCACGCGGGCGACGGCUCGGUCUGGCAGUGGAACGGGUCCGCGUCGAACAAGGACGAGCGGCUCAAGGCCGGCGAGGUC